AUGAGCGACCCUAACGCCAGCGAGGCGGAGAAGAACAUCGAGAUCUGGAAGGUGAAGAAACUCAUCAAGCGGCUCGAAGCUGCACGUGGAAAUGGCACCAGCAUGAUUUCCCUGAUUAUUCCGCCAAAGGAUCAAGUCUCUCGUGCGGCAAAGAUGUUGGCAGAAGAAUACGGUACCGCAUCCAACAUCAAGUCGCGAGUUAACCGUCAAUCCGUCCUUUCGGCCAUUACCUCGACCCAGCAGCGCCUUAAGCUCUACAACAAGGUUCCCCCCAACGGUCUUGUCGUGUACUGCGGUGAAAUCUUGACCUCGGAAGGCAAGGAGCGCAAGGUCAAUAUCGAUUUCGAGCCCUUCAAGCCCAUCAACACAUCGCUCUACCUCUGCGACAACAAAUUCCACACGGAGGCUCUCGCCGAGCUGCUCGAGUCGGAUCAGAAGUUCGGUUUUAUCAUCAUGGAUGGUAACGGAGCGUUGUUCGGAACGCUCAGCGGCAACACUCGCGACAUCGUCCAGAAGUUUUCGGUCGAUCUUCCCAAGAAGCACGGUCGUGGUGGCCAGUCGGCGCUGCGUUUUGCCCGUCUGAGAGAGGAAAAGCGCCACAACUAUGUUCGCAAGGUCGCUGAGUUGGCGGUGCAGAACUUCAUCACCAACGACAAGGUCAACGUUGGCGGCAUUGUGCUGGCCGGUUCGGCCGAUUUCAAGAAUGACCUGAACGCUUCCGACCUGUUCGACCAGCGUCUGCAGGUCAAGGUCAUCAAGGUCGUCGAUGUGUCGUACGGUGGCGAGAACGGUUUCAACCAGGCCAUCGAGCUGUCGUCCGAGACGUUGGGCAACGUCAAAUUCAUCCAGGAGAAGAAACUCAUCGGCAAGUACUUCGAGGAGAUCAGCCAGGACACGGGCCGUAUUUGCUACGGUAUUGAGGACACGCUCAAGGCGCUGGAGCUGGGUGCUGUUGAGACCCUUAUUGUCUUUGAGAGUCUCGAGAUCAACCGCUGGACUCUGAAGGACAGCAACAACACCGAAUACGUGAUUCACACCACCAAGCAGCAAGAAGCGGGCAACCGCGACCAGUUCAUGGACAAGGAGACGGGCCAGGAGAUGGAGGUGGUCUCGCAGGAGUCCUUCCUAGAGUGGAUUGCCGAGCACUACAAGGAUUUCGGUACCACUCUUGAGUUUGUCUCGGAUCGGUCGACCGAGGGGAACCAGUUCGUCAAGGGCUUCGGCGGCAUUGGCGGCAUCCUCCGGUACAAGGUCAACUUCGAGCAGUUAGCCGAAGUAGAUGACGAUGAUGACUACUACGACGAUUGA